AUGCCUCGCCGCGGCAAAGAACUCUCCCCAACGCUGCGCUCGCGCAUCUGCGAGCUCCACAGCGUCGGCUACGGCUACAAGCGCAUCCACCAGAUGCAUCCCGAGGUGCCCGUCUCGACGAUCCGCUACACCAUCAAGAAAGAAGCCGACCGCCAUGACAACAAGAGCAUGUCGCGGCCGGGCCAGCCCAAGAAGCUGAGCGAGGAGCAGCGCAAGCAAAUCUACGAGACGGUCACGAGCAGCAAUCCCAAUAUAUCCAACAGCGAGCUGCUGGCGUCGGUGGGCAAUGCGGUGAAGCUGCGGUCGCUGCAGUAUGUGCUGCGGGAGAUGCGCGUGCCGGUCAAGAUUAAUCAGUUUACCGAUCGCAUUGCCGAGCGCAUCAUAUAA